CUUCCGUUUGUCACCAUAGCUAGAAUGGUGGAGCUGCCUGUUGGAUGAAUUUCUGCGUCUCUCAGUGGGAAAUAAAUCACUGCGCUGGAUUUUGAGACUAUUGAGCCAACAGAUAUAAUUCAGGAUGGAUUCGAAGAAGAAGAACUUCUUGGACAACUUGCGUCUGAAAACCAAGUUUCCUAACCUCAAGAAGCCUCGCAAGAAGGACCUGGCCAAGCAGGGCAGGGGACUGGCCCACCGACGCAGCAUUUCUGUACCAGAUCUACUGUUUGUCCCUGGUGAAGCAUUUUCUGGAGACAGACCCACCUUCUUCAGUAAUUCUCCUGGUCUGAGCGACACAGAUUCCAUUGCAAGUGGCUCACUGAUCACCGAGGGCCCGCUUUUUGCAGAAGAACUGACUGAAUCAUAUCCAGAAUCCAAACUGAGAAGUGCACAGGUGGAUCACUCCACUCCGGCCUUGUACAGAGCCAGCGCGCCUGUGGAAAUGAUGGAUUUUUAUGAUGAAAUUCAGAUUAAUUUAGGUUUAGGAAAGUCUGAGGAAGACUUCUACUCACAAGUGGACAAAAGAGCCAAAGGGAAGGAUGUAUCAAAGUUCACCUUCGAACCGGUUCCUGCACCACGGCACAUUUUUAACAGUGAGCCAGCCUCAUCACCAAAACCAAAUUCUACAGAUCGAGUGAGUGAACGGACCUCGGCGGACAAACCACCUUCAGGCUCUGUUGCUGCCAUACUAGCCAGGGCUCACUCAAUGGGCGACAGUCAAGCGAGUCCUUAUGAGAGGAAGACCGAGCAAAGAAAGGUACCUUCAGAAAAAGGAACUCCACCAGCGGUGAGAGCCGUUGCUUCUGCAGACAGACUUUCUCUGAAACUAGAUACUGUGGAGACCACGGAUGGUCCCUCUCUGGACUCUCCGGGGGGAACCCCAAGUGAGGAGCAGGUCAGUGCUCCUUGGGCGGACUCAGAAGAACUGGACCGAGAAACCUUCGCUCCAUUAAUGAUGAAGGAUUUCUCCAUUGACGAGUGCCUGCUGGAGGAGAACGAGGAUGUUCUGGAGGAAGUGUGUGAGAUGUCCAGUGAACCUUGUGACUUCUUUGAUGAAACUGUCCAAGAUCCCUUGGAGAGCUCUGAGGUUCAGACAGCAGGGCCUGAGGUCCAAACCCCGGCCCCAUUUCAGAGGUAUCUCUUGAACAUCAACCUGAAGCACGGAAAGAACCUGGUCAUCAGAGAUAAGCGCUCUGGUACCAGUGAUCCCUACGUGAAGUUCAAACUCGAGGGAAAACAGUUCUAUAAAAGCAAAGUGGUCUACAAAAACCUGAACCCCCGGUGGAACGAGUCCUUCUCUCAUCCUCUUCGAGACAGAGAACACAAGGUGGAGGUUCGGGUCUACGAUAAAAAUCGGACCACUGAUGAGUUCAUGGGCUCUAGCAGUAUUUGUCUGACAAAUCUCGAACUGUACAAGACUUAUGAAAUUGAGCUGAGACUUAAUGAUCCCAAAAGUAAAGAAGACGACAUGGGCGCUAUUAUUGUUGAGGUCUGCCUAAUGUUCAGAGAUGCCACCAUCAAGAGAAGUCCUAGAUGGCCACAAAGAAAGAACAAGCAGAACCAGGCCGCUCAGCCUCAGCAGCGAACGGCUGAAACGCAGAAGAAUCAGCUGAAGAACCAGAUGUGGACCGGGGUGUUCGGCAUCACCCUUGUGGAGGGACAGGAGCUGCCGCCGUGUGGCCAGGGCGACAUUUACGUCCGCUUUCGCCUCGGCGAUCAGAAGUACAAGAGCAAGAACCUCUGCAUUCAGACGAAUCCCCAGUGGAGAGAGCAGUUUGACUUCAAUCAGUUUGAAGAUAACCAGGAACCACUGCAGGUGGAGUUGUUCUCAAAGAGAGGCAGGAAGAGCGAGGAAUCAUGGGGAAUGUUUGAGGUCGACCUGUCGAGACUUCCACUUAAUGAGAGACAGCUGUACACUCAUGUGCUGGACCCAGAAAAAGGCAGGCUGGUGUUUCUGGUCACCCUCAGACCUUGCUGGGGAGUCUCCAUCACUGACAUUGAGUCUGCAACCUUGGCCAAGCCUGAUGAGAGAGACUCAGUGGUGGAUAAAUUUAGUUUGAAAAACUCUUAUAAGUGUAUGAGAGACGUGGGUUUCCUCCAGGUCAACGUCAUUAAGGCAAACGAUCUUCCCGCUACAGACCUUAACGGAAAAAGCAACCCUGUAUGUGUUGUUGAACUUGGAAACUGUAAACUCCAAACUCACACAAUGUCCAAGACCCUGAAUCCAGAGUGGAACAAAGCAUUUACAUUUCCAAUUAAGGACAUCCAUGAUGUGGUGGAGUUGACUGUCCUUAAUGAAAAUGGAGACAAGGCUCCUGACUUUAUGGGGAAAGUGGCCAUUCCAUUACUGACUGUUCAGAAUGGCCAGGUGAUAUGUCUGUACUUGAAGAAAGAAGACCUGGGAAGAGCUUCGAAAGGGACCAUCACACUGGUGCUGGAGAUCAUCUAUAACAAAGUCAGAGCUGGCAUCAAAACCUUCCAACCAAAGGAGAACAAAUUUUCAGAGGAAAACAUGAAGUUCUCCAAAAAGGUCCUUGCCCAGAAUAUCUAUCGGGUUCGAAAAAUCAGCACGGCAGUUCUGUACACGUUACAGUACAUUAAAAGCUGUUUUCAAUGGGAGAGCACGCAACGGAGUCUAAUAGCCUUUCUGAUCUUUCUGGUGACGGUGUGGCACUGGGAGCUCUUCAUGCUGCCGCUCUUCCUGCUCCUGCUCAUCGGCUGGAACUACUUCCAGCUCUCCACAGGAAAGGCCAGCUCCAACCAGGACCUGGUGAACAUGACCAUGGGUGACGAUGAAGAGGAAGACGAGAAGGAGUCUGGCAAGAAGGGUUUGAUGGAUAAGAUACAUAUGGUCCAGGAAGUUGUGCUGGCUGUCCAGAACGUUUUGGAGGAACUUGCGAACAUGGGAGAACGAAUCAAGAACAUAUUCAACUGGUCUGUGCCAUUCAUGUCAUGCCUGGCCUGCUUGGUGCUGUUUGUAGGAGCUGUACUAUUAUAUUUUAUCCCACUGCGAUACAUUGUGCUGAUAUGGGGUGUUGACAAAUUUACCAAGAAACUGCGCAACCCAUAUACUAUUGACAAUAAUGAAAUACUGGAUUUCCUCAAGAGGGUGCCUUCUGAUGUUCAAAAGGUGCAGUACAGUGCGCUGAGAGCGCCCACCAGCCAGAACCCGCCGCGGAAGAAACGGUAGGCUCGGCGGACACGUCAGAUGAAAGGCUGCCGGGCUCUUUUCAAAAAGGCGGCGCGAUGCGGUCCACCUGACAACAAUGCUCCGGUGCCAGCAGAGCCCGUGACCCCGCGCUCCCCACCGUACCACCCUAACUCUGCCCCCUGCUGCUGAGGGGCAGCCAGCCGCUCUCUGGCUUGUGUGUUUGCCACCCCCCUGACAGGGGCUGUGAACUGCAGCGGCGAGGGGGGCAGCACAUGGCGCUGUCAAUCACAAGCUUGGAGGUAAAGAAAAGAGAGCGUUGCAGGGCUCAGCCUUCAUCUUUAGAUAUAAUUUAGAAAAGGAAUGAAAGGUGUCUGGUGCGGCUUACCUAGGACCUCCACUUGCUUUUUUUUUUUUUUUUUUUACUUCAGUGAAAUUGAGAAAUUUGCCUUAAGGUAAAGAUAAUAUGAGCUUAACAAACCAGUCCAGUGUAGUUGUUUUUUCCUUUAUCCGUGUGUUAAUAUAAUCAGAGGUCAAAAAGGUCAUGUAUAUAUAAAUAAUCAAAUACAAGUAAUGCAUUUUAAAAUGCAAGGAUAAAAAAAACAGAAUUUUGCUUAUCAUUUUUACAUUUAUAUCUGAGCACAAAAAGUAUAUGUAUGUUACAAGCUGACUUUUUUCUGAUGUAAAAUUUAUAUAUCCUUGAUCCCUGUGUAAGUUUUUUUUUGACUGUCAUCAUGUAGAAUUAUUUACAAGAAUCUCAAAUAAAGGAUCUUAAUCAUUAUUA